UCCGGGUAAGGUGUUUCCUAAGCGAUAACAAACAAUCAAUUCAGUGGUGUCUAAAGAAAAAAAAACUGCAGCUUCUGUGUAGAUGGCAAACCAGGUUUAUUCCCCAGUAUAAACACACAUGUUUUAAUGUAACACAGAACUGAUGAUCUGUUAAAUAACCUCUUCACUCAAAAUGUCUAAUCUUAGCAAUACAGUUCUAGCUGAAAUUGAAUGGGAUGAAGGGCUUUCAAUGCCCGUCGCCAAUACGGAAAAUAAAACGCUAGAAAAUGAGGUCCAACAAAAACAAACACACGUUAUAUCUGUACAAAAUGAAUUGGCUGAAAAUGAAGAUAGGGUCAGGGCCAUGUUGGAACAUCUCAAAAAUGUGCGUCAAGAGCUUCUCCUUACCCAGAACCUUGUUGGUGCUAGACAUAAGGAAACAGAGACUGAAGAGCAUUUACUUAAAAUAGCUGAGAGAGAAGAAGGGAGAUUAAAACAAGAAAUCUUCAAGUUAAAGAAACAGAUGGAUGAACUCAAAGAGAAAAAGAAUUCUUAUGAGAAUAAUAUAUUUAAACAAACUCAAAAACUGGAAGAGCUGAAAUCUCAGUUGAACUGGGACCAACAAGCCCUAGAAGCAUGGCUUGAGGAAUCUGCUAGGAAAGAUGAAGAUGCUAUGACCUUACAAAAGUACACCCGUCAGGAUGAAAGUAAAAUAAGUGAAUUGUCACUACGCAUGGAAAAACUCAUGGCAGAGGCUCAGAAGAAAAAACAACUUUUGGAUACUGAGAUGACUAAUACUUUAACAUCACAAAUUGAGCUGGAUAAAAUUGCUGAGGAUUUCCGUAAAGCUCAUUUGGAAAGGGAAGAACUUUUAUCCCAAUGGGAGAAUACAAUAGAACAAAUGCAAAAGAGGGACAGAGAAAUAAAUAAUUUAGCUGCUAAACUGGCUUCAGUAAAGCAGGACAUUCGUAGGCAUGAGGAAAUGAUAAAUGAAAAAAAACAAUUUUUAGAACAUGAAUUGGAGAACAACUUAGAACAAGAAAAGAAGAUCUCUCUUGCAGAAAGAAUUAGUCUGCGAGUGCGGAAUGAAUUACAAGAAGCUGAAGUGAAAAAAUCUAUGUUUGAAAAUGAGCUGUCUACAUUAAAACGUACAGUGGAUAGAACAACUCUUGACCUUGAAUCUGCACGCGCUGCUGUCAUUCAGUUAAAGAAAGAUGCUCAGGAAAAAAACAAUAAACUUGCUCAGACAACUGCUGCACGCAAAGCACUUAUUGAUGCACUGAAAGAGGCUGUAGAUGCCACUCUGACAGCUGAAGAACAAGCCAAUCGACUGGAACAUAUGCUCACAUUAGAAGAGAAGAAACAAGAAAGAAUGCAAGUUGAACUUAAAUUUAUGGAAGAAAUGUUGUAUCGCAAAGGAAAGGAAUUGACUGAAGCCAAGGCAACCGAAAAGAUGACAGAAGCUGAAAUUAAUGGUGCACAAAAUGUCAUCAAGAAUCUCAAUAGCAAGAUUGAACGUCUGGACACAGAUGCAUUGAAGCAGCAGGAGAUUCUCUACAGCCAGGAUUUUAACUUGCAAGCCCUAGAAAGACGAGUUAUCCGCAUGCAAGGAGAACAUAACACAGAACAAAAGAAUCAGUUGGAAGUGAAAUGCAAACAACUUAUGGAGGAGUUAGAGGAUAAAAUCCAAACAUACAAUAUGUUGAGCACACAGCUGAAAAGAGUCCAGGAUGACAUACGACGGUCCAAUAGGCUGUUGGAUGCAACUAAGGUUGAGAAAGAAGAUUUGGCAGUGAAAAUUGUUGAGCUCAACCUGUUCAAUGAUAACUCAGAGGGAGAGUUGAAGAAAGUGACAAAAAACAAGCAGAAUUCAAUGGUGGAAGAAAAUCUUUUGAAACUUGAAAUCAAGAAACUCAGAGAUAUAUUAAACUCAAGGGCAGAUGAUGUUCUAUCUCUAGAGAAAAGGAAACUGCAACUUGACACAGCAAUGAAAGAAAGGCAUGAAGAAAUCAAGAUCCACAAGGAAAUGUUGACGGCUCAGAUCAAAGUAACAGAUGAAGAGAGACAGCAGAUUAGUGCUGAGCUGCAUGAGAGAAUCUCUAAAAUAGAUAAACUAAAGAAAAGGUAUGAAAUUUUGAUGGUGUCAAUGUCUGCACCUGAUGGUGAAGAUGAAAAGUCUCAAGCAUUCUAUGUCAUUAAAGCGGCACAAGAAAAGGAAGAGCUUCAAAGGGAAGGUGAUAAUCUUGAUGCUAAAAUAAGAAAAGCUGAAAAGGAAAUACGAGCCUUAGAGAACACACUGAAGCUUAUGAAUGGAAGGAAUGAACAAUACAGAAAGAGUUUUAACAAGAUAACAGACACAAGUGAUGAAAUGGAUGAGAAAAGACAACUAGAUGAACAAUUUCGAGCUGUGAUGGAUAAGUAUAAAUAUAAACGACGUCAGAUAAGGGAGCUUCAGGAUGACCUUCAUACAAUGAGCAUGACACUAGAUAAUCUAACAAGAGAUGAAGAUGCUUAUGUCACAAUGAUGGAAGAAAAGAAGAAUAAAAUCUCACAAAUAAAUAAAGAAAUUGAAGAUCAGAGAGCCAAACUAGAAAGAGUUGCCAAGCAGAAUAUUCGCUUCUCAAAGGAAUUAAGGGCUGCUAAGAAGGCUAAAGAUGAGCUCCCGGAAGAGAAAGACUUUGAAGUGAGAGAGCUUAGAGAAUUUAACAAAAACAUUGUGAAAUUGGUUGGAGAAGCAGCUGUAGCCUAUCCAGAAAUGUCUGAAGCAGUAUCUAUGUACUUUACUCAGGCCAACAUUCCAUCAGUAAAACCUUCUAGCUCUGUGAUGAGUAGCAGAAGUAGUCUUUCUAGUUCUAGAGGAAGUGUGGCUUCAGUUAAGAGUGCCACACCAAUCAAUAUUGGCGCUGACAUGCCAGGUUCUUCUCGCAGCUCAGUUGCCAGUACCAGGAGUAGUAAAAGCCAUUAAAUUCAAAGUUGAUUAGAGAUUGCACUUGCAGCAGAUAAAAUCAAGAGAAUGACUGAAAACACAUUGAACUUAUUAUUUAAAAAAAAAAAAAACAACUAUUAAGACAAUUAGACUGAACAAGAUAUUUGUUGUAUUCAAUCAAAUAGUUUGUAAUUGUGAACAUACAGUGUGAGGCUGUAGAAACAUGAGUCCAAGAACAAUAAUUUUUUACAAUUUUUCUUCAUACAUUUGUCUAACAAAUGUACAUAUUAGAAAUACAUUUUUUUUGGUGACAUUCUGUUAGAAAAAUAAAAGUAAAUUGUACAUAUUUAACAGAACAAAUUUAUUAAAAAUUAUUUUUUAUAAAUUUA